GAGAGAGAGAGAGAGAGAGAGAGAGAGAGAGUUGUUGUGUGCACUACAGCUGAGCACGCUUUCUUUCUUGUCAUCUCCACACACUUUCGCUCGAUUCGUGUGUGAAAUGCGACUUACACGGAAACGGUGGACUAUCUGCACCAUAAGCAUCCUGCUGAUAGUCUACAAGACGAGAGAAAUGGGCAGAAAUGAAGCGCAUCAGAAGACGGGACUGACAGGGAAGUCUGAGCCCAGCUCUACUAGACUGAUGGUCAACGGCUCCGAUAAACUGUUCGGCUUUAGUUUAAGUGAUCUGAGUGAUAUGGGAGUGGGAUGGAAGAUUAAUGCCACCCUUGGGACCAUUAUAAGGAAGGACGUGCUUCGCUUCUUGGAUGCAGAGAGAGACGUGUCUGUAAUCAAGAGCAGUUUCAAACCGGGCGAUACCAUCCACUAUGUUCUGGACCGGCGCAGGACAUUCAAUAUUUCUCAGACUCUACACAGUUUACUUCCCGAAGUCUCUCCACUGAAGAACAAGACGUUCAAGACCUGUGCUGUGGUGGGAAACUCAGGUGUUCUCCUGAAGAGCGGAUGUGGGAAGGAGAUAGACAGCCAUGGAUUUGUUAUACGAUGUAACCUCGCUCCUCUGGUGGAGUUUGCAGAUGAUGUGGGUUUGAGAUCAGACUUCACCACUAUGAACCCCUCCGUGAUCCCACGGGUGUACGGGGCUCUGCGGGACGAACGACAGCAGGAGCGAUUCAUUCGGCGUCUACAGCAGCUGAACAACAGCGUGCUCUGGAUCCCAGCCUUCAUGGUGAAGGGUGGAGAGAGGCACGUGGAGAUCGUGAACCAGCUCAUUCUUAAACACAAACUCAAAGUGCGCACGGCAUAUCCUUCACUCCGCCUGAUCCACGCUGUACGAGGGUACUGGCUGACAAAUAAGAUAAAUAUCAAACGACCCUCUACUGGAUUAUUGAUGUACACAAUGGCUACGCGCUUCUGUGAUGAAAUACACCUGUAUGGAUUCUGGCCUUUCCCCAGAGAUGGAAACGGAAACCCUGUUAAAUAUCAUUACUAUGACGGACUGAGAUAUCGCUAUUUUUCUAAUGCGGGUCCCCACCGGAUGCCGCUGGAGUUUAAAACGCUGAAGAGACUGCACAGCAAGGGUGCGCUCAAACUGACCACGUCUAAAUGCACAUACCCUUGACGUGCAGCUCAUGAACUCAAGUGAAGACUAAUGUGUUUGGAGAAGGAGCGUGCCUUCAACUGCAAACUGUUCGUCCUGUGACACUUCUGAUUCGUUUACUACAGGGAAAGUGCAAUGCUGGACACUGAACAAACUACUGUUGUUUCCAAAUGACAAAUGAGACAGUCCUGCUUAGUGUGCGUUGAUAUUACAAUCUUGGUAAGUGAUCUUGUCUGAAAAUGUCUUACACCAAAGUUGCCAAAGAUACUGUAUUUGUAGUAUAUAGAAAUAUAAUUAUUUUUUGAUUCCCACAUGUCCAAACAACUUCUUGAGCUGGUUCUUUGCGGUUCCCUUUUCAGGGCAAAAACAAACAAACAAAAAGCAAAAGUAAAAUCAUGUGAAUUUAUAUUGAAUUCCAGUUAUAGCAAAUGGUAACUUGGUCUGGUUUCAUCCACAGUAUCCACUUUUUUAUUUACUGGAAAUUUUAAUAAUAAGUGUAAAGGAUUUUCUAUUAAUGUGAAAUAAAAGGAACACAUGUCUGGUUUGUUGUCAAUGCACCUUAUAGUUAAACCUAAAAAAGGAAAACACUGGUAUAUAUCAGUCACAGAAUGUACUACUGAAUGUAUUACAUACUGUAUAUGUUGUCAAAGUCAAAUGUACUGCUGUAUGUCCGAUUAUAUUGGCAUGCCUGAAACAUUAAUAAUGCCUCACAUUAUUUAUGUGACAUUACAUUGUGUGUGUUACUGGUGAGUUAAGUAAAAACAUUCGGAGGAGAUUAUUAAUGCAGAAUUGUUUUAAUCUUAAAACGUGAGCAAAAAAUGUGAAUGUAUAACAUAAGGCCUUACAUGAAAUGCCUCAAGAGUUUUGUUUUUCUACUUCAGUGUAUUCUUUUAUUUAUACUGUAACGUAUUUUGUAUUUUAAACUGAUGUUAAAUGCG